UAUAUCGGAUGUAUAUAUAAAUCUGUGAGUCCUCGAGGUAGGUUUCAGUGAUUUUCCCUUAUGCUACCAGCAAGCGGCAGUCUAAAACAUUACUGUGAACACAACUCUUACAGAAUCUCUAAAGAAGAAGAAGCUCUUCAGCAAGUCUGGUCCCAAGAAAAUGGAUUUGUCUAAAGAAUUCCCAGAGCUUCCCAGUGGUCCUUUAGAUGUAUGCAGAAAAAGGGCAUCCUUCAACUGGAAGGAAAUGCUGAGGUUUAUUGAGGGUGAAGAAAUUAUUGCUUUCAAGCAGCACAUUUUCAACACCCUAGAGAACGACCCACUGUUUGCCAGGCAGCCAGGUGAGGAUGUCUCGGUGGAACGGAGGAGGGAACUCACUUUUCGCCGGUGUAAACAGCUGUUCAAGUACAACUUCCUAACCCAGGAUGAGCUGAUGCAGAACCCAUGGAAGAUGACGGUCCUCAACGACUGUGUCGGCAUGUAUGAUUGGUCCUUAGGGGCCAAAUACUUCCUCAAUAAAGGGAUGUUUGGACGUACUGUGGCUAGCUCUGGAUCUCAGAGGCACAACAAAUUUGUACAGGAUACUGAAGAUAUGAUGAUAUAUGGUUGUUUUGCACUGACUGAACUGAGCCACGGCAGCAACACAAGACUCAUGAGAACAACAGCUACAUAUGACCCCAGCAGCCAGGAGUUUGUAAUAAACUCCCCAGACUUUGAGGCUGCAAAAUUCUGGAUUGGAAACUUGGGGAAAACUGCCACCCAUGCUGUUGUGUUUGCCCAGCUUUACACACCUGAUGGUGUCUGUCAUGGCCUGCACUCUUUUGUGGUUCAGGUUAGAAAUCCUAAAACCCUACUAGCAAUGCCGGGGGUAAUGGUUGGCGACAUGGGAAAGAAAUUGGGCCAAAACGGACUAGACAACGGUUUUGCAGUUUUCCACAAUGUGAGGAUUCCUAGAGAAAAUCUGCUCAACAAAACUGGAGAUGUGACGCCUGACGGACAAUACGUGACCCCUUUCAAGGACCCGAAUAAACGCUUUGGGGCCUCACUAGGUGCCUUGUCUGGAGGAAGAGUGUCUAUAACGAGAAUGGCAGUGGUCAAUCUCAAGUUGGCUUUGACGAUCGCUGUGCGUUUCUCAGCUACACGACGCCAGUUUGGCCCUAAAGAUGAUGAAGAGAUCCCAGUAUUGGAGUACCAGUUACAGCAAUGGCGACUUAUACCAUAUGUGGCAGCAGUCUAUGCACUGGACCUGUUCUCCAAAUCCUUUUGCAUGAACUUUGUGGAGUUUCAAAUUGGCCUCUUAAUGAAGGACAGCAGUGAGAGACAGGCUGAGCUCGGUAGAGAGAUUCAUGCCAUGUCAUGCUCCAGUAAGCCUCUGGGUUCAUGGACGGCUCAGCGAGGGAUUCAGGAAUGCCGUGAAGCCUGUGGAGGGCAUGGGUACCUGGCAAUGAACCGUCUUGGAGACAUUCGUGAUGACAAUGACCCCAACUGCACAUAUGAAGGAGACAACAACGUUCUUCUGCAGCAAACUAGCAAUUACCUACUUAGCAUUUUCCAGCACAAGAAGCAAGGUAAAGGAAGGAUUGAGGCUCCUCUGGAGACAGUGAACUUCCUGAAUGACUGGAAAAUAAUUCUGGAAAGCAGGUUCACAGCUGCCUCAGUAGAGGAAUGCAUGGAUCCAGCAGUGCCACUGGCAGCAUAUAAGUGGCUGGUGUGUUUCUUGCGGGAGAGUCAGAGGAAGCUGAGCGAGCAGAGAGCUCUGGGGAUGGGAGACUUCGAGGCACGCAACAACAGUCAGGUGUAUUACUGUCGCUCUUUGGCCAUAGCCUACAUUGAGCACACAGUUCUGAAGCGCUUCCAUGAUGUGACAUUGGAUGACCAAACUCCACAAAGUAUCAGAUCAGUUCUGAGGAGGCUUUGUGCUCUUUAUGGGCUUUGGACCCUCACCAACCACAUGGCCAUCCUCUACCAAGGAGGCUAUUUGUCUGGAAAAGAGCCAGCUGACUUCAUGCAAAAUGCUAUCCUUAGCCUCUGUGCACAGCUCAAAGACGAUGCUGUGGCCUUGGUAGAUGUAAUUGCACCUCCUGACUUUAUUCUGAACUCACCCAUUGGCAAUGCUGAUGGUGAGCUCUAUAAGAACUUGUGGGCUACUGUCAUGCAGGGAAAGAACGUUCUGGAACGUCCUUCUUGGUGGGCGGAGUUCUGUGCCGACAAGCCGGUAGUGGGGUCUCUCCGAGCCAAGCUCUAAUGUACAGAACAGGUCUGAUGUGUUAUUCUAAAGGUACUGGCAUUAUAUCCCCAAACCAGGGAAAUUUUAACAAAAAGUUAGAUAAUUUUCUUUAAUCACAUUUAUUGUAUGUUAUAAUUAGGGAAAAGAUUGUAGGAUUAUAAAAGCAAUGACACUAUAUUUGGUUGAAAAGGUUAAUGAUGAUGAUGAUAAUAAUAAUAAUAAUAAUAAUAAUAAUAAUUUGUUUUGUGCCUUAUAACAAAACUUGUAAGGCAUGUUUUAUUAUUUAUCAUGUUGGUAAUUAUAUUAAAUUCACAUAUAUUAAGAUCUACUUUGAUCAGUUGUGAUAUUUGUGCGAUUGUGGUAGAUAUGAAAUAGCCACAUUGUGCCACGUACUUGGCCUUAUCUUAAUAAUGUUUCAGAAAUAUUGUACAAAUGAUUUUGGUAUUUUAGCAUUUGCAUGAUUGGUGUAAUUUGCUGUAAAACACUGGGAUUUUGAUAUGAACAAUAAAUAUUUUUUGAAAAAGCAA